AUGAGAACGUACAAUAGUCUUUAGCGGUCACAUGUGGAUGUAGAACAGGCUAUAGCGGUCACAUGUGAACAACAAUACCCGUUCACUCUGGAUGGCAUUACCUGUCCAAGUAGAUGAACAACAGUGUUACCUGUCCAAGUGGAUGAACAACAGUGUUACCUGUCCAAGUGGAUGAACAACAGUGUUACCUGUCGAUGGGGAUGAACAACAGUGUUACCUGUCCAUGGGGAUGAACAACAGUGUUACCUGUCCAAGUAGAUGAACAACAGUGUUACCUGUCCAAGUGGAUGAACAACAGUGUUACCUGUCCAAGUGGAUGAACAACAGUGUUACCUGUCGAUGGGGAUGAACAACAGUGUUACCUGUCCAUGGGGAUGAACAACAGUGUUACCUGUCCAAGUGGAUGAACAACAGUGUUACCGGAUGAACAACAGUAUUACCUGUCCAUUUGGAUGAACAACAAUAUCUACCUUCCCAAGUGGAUAUACCUGACAAUAUUAACCGCCUAUUUGGAUCGAUAACUUUACUAAAAGGUGUUGGUGCUACCCUUCAGGACAAUGAGGCAAUACAGUCGCUAUUUUCUCGGAAUCGUCGUGGCCUGUGUGUUUGUGUACAUGUGUCUCUUCUUUGUUAAUCCGUCUACAUAUAAUGCCAACAGAGCUGUAUCACCAUUGGCGAAUACAUCCCUACACCUGAUUACCAAUAAAAUAGUAUCAGAGGCCAAGGUCAACAUCACUACUCAACUUCCGUCCACAACUCUUCAACCUACUAAGCCUUCGUCAGCAAAGCCCAAUGUAACCCUCACAACCCCAAAGCCUACCCUGCCCAAGCCAGUGCCUAAACCUCCAAAGCGGCCACCUUGCUAUGGAGGAAGAAUUCCCAAAGAUAAAUUUGAACUAUACAACACAUCCCAGCCGCUGGAAGUUACAGUUGUCACAGCUUAUUUCAACCUUGGACGAUUCCAAAAAGGAUCUGGCAACUUUUUUGACAAAAAUCUUUACAUGAAGUGGGCGAACGUAUACCAAUAUAUUAGAAGUCCUUUUGUGUUUUAUACAGAUUCAUCGGAUACUGCUGAAACAUUCAGAAAGAUGAGAGCAGGAUAUGAAAACAUUACAAAGAUUUUAUUGGUGGAUAGAAAGUCAGUGUGGGCCUUUAAUUAUGUAGAACGGAUUAAAGAAAUAUAUUCAAUCCCGGGUUACCCAAAGCACCACCCUAACACAGUUGUACCGGAGUAUUCAUGUGCCCAGCAUGCUAAAUAUGCAACUGUUGAAGAAACCGUAGAGAAAAAUUACUUCAACACAACCUAUUUUGCCUGGAUAGAUUUGGGAUAUUUUAGAUACAUCGUUGGACGGAAGAAGGAGUUUGUGAUAGUAAAACCAACUGAUUUCAACGAAUCUCAAAUCGCAAUGAACAAAGUGUACAAUGUGAAUAUGGACGUGAAGGUGGAGAGCAUCUUUAAGGGGAAUCGGGUGUGGCUUGGCGGAGGGAUGUUUUUUGGGUCAAAGUACACUCUCCCGACAUUCAUAGCCGACUAUCGACACGCAGUUGAACAUUACCUGAAUAUGUCUCUUAGUAACACAGAUCAACAAGUGAUUUACUCGAUGAACACAAUCAAAGAAAAGCCUUAUGUAAGAAGACGGGUACCAAUACAGCAAUACUCAGCUAACACGGCCGGUGAUUGCUGGUUCUAUUUGGGGUUUUCAUGUUACAGAGAACUAUCCUGACCCCCAUUAUGCUAAAUUUGAUUAAAUAUGCUUGGGUUUUAAAUAACAGGUGUUUACCGCUAUGUAGUUUAGACCAUCGCUAUGUGUGAGUGAGUGUGUUUGACUUUGAGCAGCAGUUCAUAUACCCACAAGUCAGCGUAUAUGUUGGUGAAAUGUCCGAAGUAUGCCGCAAAUGUAUAACUGUGUUGAGUGUUUGUUUUUACGCCGUUUUGAGCAAUAUUCCAGCUAUAACGCGGCUGGGGACACCAGAAAUGAGCUUUACACAUUGCGUCCAUGUGGGGAAUCGAACCCGGGUCUUCUGCGUGACGAACGAAUGCUUUAACCAUUAGGCUAACCGCCGACCCUAAACUGUGUUGAAACCCAAAACCCAGUAGCACAUGGAUGCUGCAGAUAAACCAAGGUUAGUAAUCCGACAUCUUUAUGGAUUCGAACCAGGAUUAUGACGUACCGAAGCGUAGCAACCUGAAUCUGGUAAUUCCGUUGCACCGUAAUAUAUCAAGGUCGGAGGGAAAAUUUAUCAGGGCAUACACCUCCCAUUUAACCAGGCAGCUAUUUUAUUACUUAUGACUUUAGAUUUCAACUCUCGUGUCCUUUCCUGUUUUGCAGUGCUAUAAUAGUGCUUUAAGAAUGUCAGUGUUACUGUUGGUAGUUGUUACGUCAUUGCUAUUACGUCAACUUUGAGAAUACAUCAAGGCUGAGAGUAGAGCCGUCUCAGGUUCCGUCCCAUGGUAUCGUAAUACAACAGAUUUGUCUAAAAUAUCAGUUCGUUGACAUUCAUGUCAUUACGGUAUGAACAUCGCUGAUAAGCAUACUCGUGAACUGUAGUAACUGUCCAAUGUUUUAGACGUGUGAUUUCACUGCUUAUACUGGGAUUCAGACAAACCGACUGAUGCAUUUUACAAACUCAGUAUCUCAAAACUUGUAACUUCAAUUGUUAUUUUAAUUUUUCUUUUACAUGUGAAGUUUUGUUAAAAACGUGAAAUACUGUAAACAACAUAUUAUAUAUCUAUGUAAUAAUUAUAUUGGCAGUCUGGAAAUACAUUAUAUUUUUCUACUCCGGAUGUGCAGAUGGCCUUGAAAGUAUCCCAGGGAGUUACUGUGGGCUGUUAAAUGGGUCCGAAAAGACUUGCCCUUUGACACGUCGCUCAGAUUUGUCCAUAGGCUCUAAAGGGGCCGUUGAUGUGCAUAUAUUCACACAUCUCGUCAAUACACAUCUCGCGUGGGUUGGGUCGUGUAGGCGUGUAUACGUCAUAUGGGAAUAUGUGACUGAUGUCAAACUAUAAUUACUGCGCGGAUGACAUUUUAACUGUUAUAAACGCAACAUUUUUCAUGCGUAUUUUAGUGUUUAGUUAGUGUUUAGUUUAACGCAACAUUACAACACUGAAGGAUAUUUCCUCUCAUCCCAUCACACCGAAAUAAUUUAUAGCAUCUUUCAGACAAUAUAGCUGUGCACAUGAAUAAAACACAUACAACGUAUUUUAUACACCACAUGAUUUGCAGGUCAGGUUCAUGUGCAGACGCACACACACACACACACACACACACACACACACACAUUUAUAGAACAAACAUUCAUGGUAACAAUUUUCAGUCAGUACAAAGAACCCUAAACAUGUUUGAGACCCUAAACAUGUUUGAUAUGUUCAGCAGUGUAUAGCGUAUGAAGAAAUCCACUAAACAACGACACUGCACGAAUUUUGCUCCUAAACAUUUCAGUUUGUCUUCAGGGAGAGAUUACGGUUAUUGUGACCUGACAACCAUUGUCGCUGUGAUUGAGGCGGAAUCGCUGGGUGUUUCCCAUUGACGUCAUUACUUUAGUGGUUAGAGGGGCGCCAGCUAUGCAAACAAGAGCUUUAUGAUGUC